AUGGAGCAGUUCUCCAUGGGCAGCCCGUCUGCUGCCACUUCAAAAAUCCCAGCCAACGCAAAAAACAAACCCAAAGACUUGAAAAACACGCUCCUCGGUUUGGAAGACGCAGACGCUCGAAAUACCCAAAGCCAGAGUGAGUACAGAGACGAAGGAAUCAGCACCCGAGAGGCUGGUGCGAGUCGCCAAGCGGCCUCCUUUCGCUGCGGUGAGAACCUCAUCAAGUCCCCGCCAAGAGAGGAGUCUCUGUCUUGGAGAGGUCAGGACGGACCUUGGCUCCAGUCCUUUCAACCUUCACACUCACCUGCAGGAAAGAAGACCGCAGAAAGCACGCGUGCUGCAAAUGGGGCCAACACCAGGGGCAUCGCGCUGCCAGAGAAAACCGUCGGUAGCAAAGGCACCGCCCAUGAGAAGGACGCCGGGAUGCCCGGCAACCUCGUGCCGGCUGUCAAGCAGUCCAGCGAGACGCAGUGGGAAUAUCACAACGUGGCCACCGACAUCGUCUCUGCCACACAGAAACCACACCCCGGAGACCAACUGGACAUGCAACUCAUCCAGCAGCUGUGGUCCCUCAUCCCCAACAGUGACGUGAGGAAGCUCAUUGCUCACGGGAUCCGGACUCUGAAAUGGACCGCUCUGAGCCCCAGGUCGGAGGGCAGGACGGGGUGUUCCGGGAAAGGCGCCCCGAGCCCUGACUUCCCACCGUGGCCCCGCGCCCUGUCCUGUGCCAAGGGAACCGUGGCUGUCAGCUCGCCGCGACACUUUCUCCUGCUGCACCCCGGGGCCCGUGCCCCUGCGACGCUGCUGCAGCCCGGGCUUGCAGAGUGCAGCGUGCUGGGGAAGUGGCUCCCCGCGCGGGGCCGGGGCGUGUGCGGGGAGGGUGGGCCUCGGCCACGGACUCUGCGGUGGGUGACCGCGGCGGCCCCGCAUCGUUCUCUGUCCGCAGCCUUCUCCCGCUUUGGCCUCCUGUACGCGGUGCGCGUCUUCGCCAACGCUGCGGCCGCCCCGCAGGGUUCCUACGCCAUGGUCAAGUUUUAUUCUGCGCGCGCCGCUCACUCAGCCCAAGGGGCCUGAGGCCGGCAGCCGCUCUUCUAGUCCUCUCCGCUGAAGAUUCGUCUCAGCAGACAUAAAGCAGUUCAACAUCGUGCCCUUGCCCUAAACAGCUCCCAAUGCCAGGAACUGGCAAGCUACUAUUUUGGUUUCAAUGGAUGGUCUGAAAGGAUUGUCAGGCUUCAGGAUCUUUCUGACCUCGAAGAAAGGGAAAAUGAAGAUAUUGUGGCACCACUUCAGAAGCAAAGCAUAAAGAUCUUCUGUGCUUUAGAGGUGGUAUUGUCACCCUUUGAUUGCAAGAGCCCUGGAGUUGGCAUAGCCAAGGAGAUUUUGGAUAAACUGGAAGAAACACCCCUUUCCUUGCUAACAGAAAGAAAGAAUUUUCAGAAGUUUGCUAUUCAAAAGGCUGUGUCAGAUGCAUUUCAGAAACUGCUCAUUGUGGUUUUAGAAAGUGGUAAAAUACCUGUGGAAUAUAGGCCUUUUGAGGAGCUGACUGAUGCCAGAACUACAUGA